AUGGCCAAGACUGAAUCAGGAUCUCAAGGAAGGAGCUGUUGGACAAAGUUCCUCUUCAUCACGACCUUGCUUAUUGCUGUCUUUAUGGGUUUGGAUCAAAUCAAGGAACGUUGGUAUAUCUUUGAUCAAAACGUGCUUCAACAAGUGGCUCAAAAGAACAUUGCAUUGUACGCCAAUGAUACCCGCGCUAUGAUUACAAACAUUGCAUUGGAUUUGGAGAAGGAAUAUCCUGGCCACAUUGAAUUGAAGGAGGAAUGGGUAUUCAACAACGCUGGUGGUGCUAUGGGUUCCAUGUAUAUCAUGCACGCUUCUAUCACUGAGUAUGUCAUUAUCUUUGGUACACCUGUUGGAACUGAAGGCCACACUGGACGUUACUUUGCUGAUGACUACUUUAUUAUUUUGGAGGGUGAACAAUGGGCUGCUAAUGCUGGUGAUCUUAAGAGAGUUGUAUUUAAGCCUGGAGAGAUGCACCAUUUGGCUAGAGGUGAUGCUCAACACUACAAGAUCCCUGAACAUGCUUGGGCCCUUGAAUAUGCCCAAGGUUGGAUUCCUCUCAUGUUGCCUUUCGGUUUCUUUGAUGCCAUGUUCUCCACUCUUGAUAUCGUCUCCAUUGUCAACACUAUUCGUCUUUCUGCCAAGGCCAUCGUUGGUGAAUUGCUCAUGGGAAAGAUCUAA